GAUGAAGAAACGUCUAGCAGCGGUGAAGAGGAUGAUCCGGAGCUGAAAGAAUUGGAAGAAAGAGACAAUAUAGUCUUGAAAUAUGAAAAGGGCCCCGAAUCGAAGGACAUCGACCCUUGGGAGAAUCCAGAGUUUGACGUUUAUGCGAAGAUGGAUCGUUUUGGAUUUGUGCACAAAGACGCUAACGAAGCCACCGAAGAAGAACGUGCAAAUCGGCGAAGAGUUGAAAGAGAAAUAAGACGAGUCAAUAAAUGGCUAGCAAUGGAAGCAGCAUGGAAGAAGGGUCGAAUACCUAAAAAGCUGGAAGAAAGGACAUGGAAGGGAAUCCCUGAAAAAUUGCGCAUGACGGUGAGGUUUUGA